UGGCGGCGCCCAUGUUAUCAAACCUAACGUGGAAUCGCAGUUCAUGGUAUUGUUUUUAACAGAAAAAUCUGACUUGGAACUCGUGUGAUUGAAGAGGAAACAUAAUUCACUCAUAGUUCACAGUUCAUUGUAGAUCUAAACGACAGUAAUUCGUCGCUCCAAACGCUUCUCCAAGACUGAUACAAAACAUUGAACUGUUGAAACGAUUUAUAGACCAUAAUGGGUAAAAUGAAAAAGAACCGACAGAAGUUCCAUGCAGCGGCCAAGAAGAAAGAUGACAACAAGGUUGAAAUAGUGGAUAUGUUGGAUAUGGAAACUGAUAUGAAGCCGCCGGCACCAACUUUUGAAGAUGAUAACAUAUUUAAAGGACUGAAGAUAAACAAAGAGACAUUAAAACAGGAGCUGCCUGACUUUGAUACCCGAAGUACGAUAACCAGCAAGUCUCUCAAAGGCCUCAACAUGAAGAAAAAAGACAAGAAGAAAUUGAGGCAUGAACUAUGGAUGAAAAAGCUGAGUUCUAUAGACAAAGCUAAGACAGAAGCCAAAGCCAAGAAGAAAAGACAACAAACACCGGUAGUUGGUGAUAUCAGAAUACUUGGUGACGCCCUGCCAACCCUCGAUCUUUUAUUAAAGGGGUCAUCAGGCCCAAAAUCAAGUGACAAAAAAGAGACUACUACAAAAAGUAUUCCGAGAGAAAAACAAAGGCGGAAACAAAUGUUGAACAACAUUUCUUUAUUUAAGCAAGUGUUAGCUCAUCCAUCUUAUAUUGAGAAUCCUACAGACACAAUCAGGGAACACCUACAGAACAAACUACUACAGGAGGAAACCAUGGAUACAUAGCUACAUCAGUCAAUUAUAGGGAGGUCAGCUACAUCAGUCAAUUAUAGGGAGGUCAACUACAUCAGUCAAUUAUAGGGAGGUCAACUACAUCAGUCAGUUAUAGGGGAGUAAACUGGUCAACACUUACUUAUGUUUACACAAACAUAGCUACAUCAGUCAAUUAUAGGG